GGCGGUGUGGAUGCUUAAACCAGAAUCAGAACCCUCCCCGGCCGGAUUAAAUGUGUUGUGAUAAGCUGCUCCGUGGAUCCAUCAAAGGCAUACGAGUAGCCCACUGGAUCGUGUAGUAAAAGAGGAGGACUGGAUCUCACCCACCUCCCUUUUCCUCUCUCUACCUGAGCUGUGUGGUCCAUAUCCAGGCGGACCUCCGCAGCACAGACGGCGUGAGAAAGCCGAGCGAGGCGCGGCUUAAGCGGGGAGAAGCAGCAGCAGAGUCCCCCCCUUCCCUUUCCUCGCCCUCGGACUAAAUCAGUGGAGGCGUUUUUUCUUAUUGUUUCGUUGGGGAUUUUCUUUUAUCGAAUAACUUGGCGUGGGACGGAAUCUUCAUUCCUUUCUCCAGUCCAUGACAUCCGACCAUCGGCUUCCCGCGGCGCGCUGACGCCGGAGAAGAAGCAGCAGCGGCGGGGUUGACGAGCAGCAGCAGAGUCGCCCUCUUCCCGGAACUUGAGCGCUUGGAUGGUGCAGACGAUCCAUGUUGUGGAGGAUUAAACCGAUGCACGGCUUGCUUUUAGGGGGGCUUGUUUAUUCUUGGCGACCGUGUGUGCACUAUGCAUCGGCACACAACUUUGCUCGGUGACACGUUUCCUCCACGGCUCUAUUAAAAAGCGAAACAAAACGUCCAGAAGCUUUCAGGGAGCAGCUGGAAAACAGAAGCCGGGUAGCAUGCACCAGAGACGGCGCAGCUCACUGAUGUCAUUGCGUGCAAACAGAGCUCUAGGCGGCGGGGUUGUUGCCAAAUAAUUGCAAACCAAAAACACUGAAGUGUUGCCUGUAGGCCCAGCCAGCUCUUUCAUGCAUGUCCCAUCGAUGACACGAUAAAGAUAGGACAUCGGUGCAUGCGUGUGUGUGCAGGAUCUGUUUUUGUUGUUCAGAGAUACGCCUGAAGGAUCCAUACACCAUCCAAGCAGGGGAGAUAAAACAAAAGUUCCUCCAUGGUGUUCCGAAAGUUGCCCGGUGUCUCUGCAUCGGGCAUGGGCCUGCGUCUGUCUCAGAAGUUUGUCUUCUUGCUUUUCCUCUCAGGCCUGGUGACCCUCUGCUUCGGGGCACUCUUCUUUUUGCCAGACUCGGUUCGCCUGAAGCGGAUCUUCCUGUCCAAGACCGAGAUUCAGCCAGUGACUGUGGGAUCCGGCUUGGAGAAUGAGGCCCGGGAGCACCUGAAGCGGCCCAGAGAGCAGGACCACCCGCGGGGGGUGACGUCCGCCAAGGAGACCAGUGGUGGUGGUGCCAGACCUAAGGGUCUUGGCCGUAAAAGACCCACUUCCUAUGAGGCCACGGAGGAGCGCCUGGCUGGAGGGAAAGCGCAGGAGGAUCUGACCCUGUCCGGCUCCAAUGUGGAGAUGGAGAAAGUGACCUCGUCCGACCACGCUGCCGGCUUGGAUGCUUUCAGCCACAAGAAGUUCCAGAGGUGUCUGCUGAAGCCGAUGCUGGGGAGGGACAGCGGCAAACCCGGUGACCCCAAGACGAACGAGCGGCGGGAAAAGGUCAAAGAGAUGAUGAAGUUUGCCUGGGACAACUACAAGCAGUACGCCUGGGGCAAGAACGAGCUCCGGCCUUUGACUAAGAACGGCCAUAUUGGAAACAUGUUUGGUGGCCUGAGAGGAGCAUCCAUCAUCGACUCCCUGGACACGCUCUACAUCAUGGGACUGUUGGACGAGUACAACGACGCCAAGGAUUGGGUGAGGACCAGCCUGGACCUCACCUCGAACGGCGAAGCGUCGCUCUUUGAGGUGAACAUCCGUUACGUCGGUGGGCUGCUGUCGGCGUACUAUCUGACAGGAGAGGAGCUCUUCAAGACUAAAGUGCUGGAGUUGGGUCAGAAGUUGUUACCUGCUUUCAACACGCCAACAGGGAUCCCGCGAGGCGUCAUCAACUUGGGGAGCAGUGGCACCAGUUGGAGUUGGGGAUGGGCGUCGGCUGGGAGCAGCAUCCUGGCCGAGUUUGGGACUUUACACCUGGAGUUCAUUCACCUCACCGAGCUCUCCGGCGAUCCCGUUUAUACGGAGAAGGUGAUGAACAUCAGGAAACUGCUGAAUAAGAUCGAGAAACCACAAGGCCUCUACCCUAACUUCCUCAGCCCGGUUAGCGGCAACUGGGUCCAACAUCACGUCUCCAUCGGCGGCCUUGGGGACAGUUUCUACGAGUAUCUGAUCAAGUCCUAUCUGAUGUCAGACAAGACGGAUGAGGAUGCGAAACAAAUGUACUACAGCGCGUUGGAGGCCAUUGAAGCUAACCUGGUGCAGAAGUCGCCAGGGGGUCUGACUUACAUGGCCGAGUGGAGGGGGGGCAUCCUGGACCAUAAGAUGGGCCACCUGGCCUGCUUCUCCGGCGGCAUGAUCGGUAUCGGGGCAGACGACGGAGCACCAGACAAGCGUCAGCACUACCUGGACUUGGCCGCCGAGAUCACGCACACCUGCCAUGAGAGCUACGACCGCUCAGCCACCAAACUUGGACCUGAGGCGUUCCGAUUCGACAGCGGUGCUGAAGCCACGGCGACGCGACUGAGCGACAGAUACUACAUCCUGCGACCAGAGGUCAUAGAGAGCUACAUGUACAUGUGGAGGCUGACCCAUGACCCCAAGUACCGGGACUGGGGAUGGGAGGCUGUCGAGGCCCUAGAGCAGCACUGCAGGGUGGAGUCUGGCUUCUCGGGCAUCCGCGACGUCUACACGCUGACCGACAGCCACGACAACAUGCAGCAGAGCUUCUUCCUCUCAGAGACGCUCAAGUAUCUGUACCUGCUCUUCUCCGACGACGACCUCCUCCCCCUGGAGGACUGGGUCUUCAACACGGAGGCCCACCCUCUGCCCGUUGUGCAUAAGAGUUGCAUGCAGGACAAAAGCCCACAGGACAAGAUGCUCCCCGGAUGACCCUCCACCCUCUGAAAAGACACAUUGGCAGAUUUAACAAUGUGCUCACAGAUCCAGGGAUCAUUUUAAGUCUUUUUUUGGGGGUGGGGGGGAGUAGGGGGGGUCCUGUUAUUCCUUUCUAGUAAAGGAUGUUGUGAUUUUACGCUGUGAUUGUAUAUUCUAAUUACUAAAAAGGGGGGUUCCCUCCUGCUGGCUCUUCUUCUUUUUUGUGGACAAUCAAGACAAACUUUCGUGACAAGCGCACCUUUUCUUUCCUCUUUCCUCUGUGAGGAAACCAGUGCAGACCCAAAUGUCCGGGAAGGGCCAUAUUGUCACUUGAUUUUUGUUGCUUUCGAGGAACAACUUAUCUUUUUGGGUCUUUGUUUCCUUCUCUUGUUCUAUUUUUUCCUUUCACUGACCAAAGGUUUGUUUGCCUCCCCCUCCUGUCACGUCCAGGACUUACAGUGAACGCCGUGAAGCAGUGCAUUGUAAUCAAUAUCGAUCGGAAUGAUGUGAUUAAGGAGUGCUAAAAUAACCUUGAUGUCAUGUUUCUUGAUGAAACAAGCUUUCUUAAAAAAAAUAAAUAAAUAAAGUCAAGAAAGUGUCUUAUGCAUCCUGGGACCAUUUGGAGGACACUUUUUUUGGGGGCCUUUUGGAUGGACUGCAGUGUGAGAAGAAGCGGAGAUGUCCAAAUAUGUGUUCCUGUACCUAUUCCUGUUCCUGUUCCUGUUCAGUUCCUCUGCCUUCAUUGGUGACCUACAGUACACUGCUAGUGGCGUUUGAAUGAGUUUUUUUUUCUUAUUAUUUUAAUCACUGCACACUUGUACAUACAGAUGAGUGACUCCUGUAUGAGCUUGUCUUGGUUUUGUUUAGUGAUCUCACUUUCUUUUUCAUUUUCUAUACUUCAGUGAUUUCUUUUCAUUUGCUUCCCUCAGGUGUUUCACUAAGAAAAAGGAGGACAAAAAUCUAAUCAUAAAAAAAAGUAUUAAGAUUCUAAGUCUACUUUUUGCGGAUAUUAAUUAUUGUUAUGAAUUAUUCUUACUGUUUCAUUUAACUUUCAUUGGUGAGUAUUUUCAAAUACUGAAUAAAAAAUAAAACUAAGACCUGUGCAACUUUGUACCU